AGAAACAUCGGGAAGUAUCGCUAAGGGAAUUGAUGGUAUUUCACAUCUCUAAUCAAAUACCAUCACGUCGAAAUACAGCAAAAUUCUGUUGGUAAACAUAAGCAAAAUUAAGGCUGGUAAUUAAUGCGGCAGCAUGCAACCAGUGUAUUGCCAAUUUUCAAGCAUAGUGAACCUGGCCGAAGCCCUGCUGAAUGGACUUGGGGCCGAUUCGCAUAGAUAAGCAAGUAACAAGCACCUACAGCUGCUGUUGAGUCAUCAUCUUUUAGCCAAAUAAGCCAAAAAACAAGGCUAACAGCCUUUGACACCACCCAACUCGCUUCCCAGGUAGUGAUAGAGCACCAGGUGAGCCACAGAGCACACACACACUUACCCACACCCAGCCACUCAAAUACCCGAAAACCAACCCAUUUUGGGACCAGCCCCAAUGGAGGACUACAAGUUCCUGUUUAAAAUCGUCCUAGUGGGCAACGCUGGUGUUGGAAAAACCUGCCUAGUGCGCCGCUUUACUCAAGGCCUGUUUCCCCCUGGCCAGGGUGCCACCAUUGGUGUGGACUUCAUGAUUAAGACAGUGGAGGUGGAGGGCGAGAAGAUCAAGCUUCAAAUCUGGGACACCGCCGGCCAGGAGCGGUUCCGAUCCAUUACGCAAAGCUACUAUCGAUCGGCUCACGCCUUGAUCCUGGUGUACGACAUCAGCUGCCAACCCACAUUCGACUGCCUUCCAGACUGGCUGCGCGAGAUCCAGGAAUACGCCAACUCCAAGGUACUCAAAAUUCUGGUGGGUAACAAGACGGACAGGGAUGAUCGAGAGAUUCCCACCCAGAUUGGCGAAGAGUUCGCCAAACAGCACGACAUGUACUUCUUGGAGACGUCCGCCAAGGAAGCGGAAAAUGUUGAGCGACUGUUCUACGAAAUUGCCGCCGAAUUGAUUGGUCAGGCUAGAAGCAAGGAUGGCAGUAGUUCGGCCGCAGCGGCGGCCGCCCAGCGCCAGUCAGAAGGCAGCUCCAUCGGCCUGGGGAGCUUCAGUGCCAAGGCAGCGCAGAGCAAUUGCUGUGGCGGACUCGCCAGCGGCGGCUCCAACUCUAGUCAAGCGGGCUGAGCUGCAAACCGAACAGGAAACUGAGCAGCUAAUCUGUAACUAGUUAAGGACUAAUCGUGAUAUUCCAUUUAUCUUUUAUAACCAUAAUGCUCCCGCAUUCUAACACAUACAUUUGUUACUCACAUAUUUUGUUUUUAUGAGCAUGAAUAUGACGUUUAUGAUACUUUCGAAACUAAGAUCGUUUGCCCUUGUAAUGUUUCCUAUUAGAUUGUUAACACACUUUGGCUCCAAAUACCUUUACAUGGAAAAGUAUUUGAAGCAAUUCUCAUCACUUUCUCUAAACUACAAUAAUAACGAACGUUAUUAUUUUUUAUUCUCUGAACAAUGUGCAAACGGGUCUGGAAACUGCGCAGCUAAUCUAUUAUAGUUAAACACUAAUCGCGAUAUUCUGUUCAUGCUUUACGGUAUAUUGUGUAAAUUCCAAAAGUAAAAAUUGAGUUUUCUUUGUUCAAUUCUGUAAGCUCUUCGUUCCACGGAAAAAAGUUGAUUGUAAAAGACACUAAUUUACUAUUUAUCACGAUUAAGAUCCUAUCGGAAACUAGCUGUUAAUGACUAAGGAUGCUAAAUAUUUGUGUUACAAGAACUCCAUUGGAGGUGUUUAUGACCGCCUGAUUUUCUUGAUUUGUAUUAUAUAGACGUAUUGAUCUGAUUAUGGAUCGUUUACCAAGUGAGCAUCACAGCCAAUGCUAUGAAGAAUUUAUGAUAUCAAAAAUGCUAUGCACACAAUUUAGUUCAUUUUAAUUGAUUCCUAAGAAGUAUUUCAUAUUUUAUACAUUGAAUUUUUUGUAUACAUCUACAAUUAGUGCAUAUUUAUUUGCAAUUAUUUUUACAUAUUUUUACGAUUAAUGUGCAAUCUUUGGUAAUGCGAUUUUUAAAUGAUAUUCGUAAUAGUGUUUAAGGUGAUUUUAUGACAUUCCAAAAAUUAAGAAUUAGAAAUAUGCAUAGACCAGAAAGCUAAAUAAAAACAAAAACUGAA